AAGAAGACCAAGGCUAAGAAGAACAAGAACAAGGCUCGCGACGAGCGCCGCUUCGUGCUGGUGCAGCUCCGAGAGGAGGCGGAGAGACUGCAGUUCACGCUCGACCAGCUACAGAGUAUUCGGAGCAAGCUGCCCAAGGGGAAAGACCACUCCAACCACAAAACCACAGCACAGGACGUGGGCGUGCCUGCUGUGUGGCAGGAAAUUUGUGCUCGUCAACUGCAGCGCCGGAUGAACGCUGAGCGGGAGAACAUCCAGCUGAAAUUGCAGCUCGAGAAGGAGAAGGAGCUGGCCAACAGCCUCGCCAAGCUGCUGUACAGGCGGAAGACGCCCAAGUCGCAAGGCCCCGAGGUGCAGAAACACACGCGACGCACCGACAUCCCUUCAGGUUACAUCGAGCGCAUGGCUGCGUUCAUCUUCGAGGAGCUCUUGGCUGGCGUGGAGGAGCUGAAUCAUCAAGUGGAGGAACUCUGCCAUCAAGUGGACGGUGUGGUAGAGAUCAGCAGCUCGUUCCCGGCUGUACAGAGGCCUUUGCUGCGAGACGGCGUCAAGGGACGAGAGGAGAAGCUCCUGGACACGCGUGUGCUGCCGUUCAGUAUGCAGGCGACUGGUGACGCGUGGUGGCACAACUGGCAUCUCCACCGAGGAAGAAACAUCGAACAGACCGCGGGGGAUAUGGUCGUCGAGCGGUUCGGAUUGGACAUGAGCGACUUCAACGCCAACUCUUCCGUCGCCUCCUACGGCCAGCAGAUCUUGAAGCGAGGCGUUGAAGACCGCCGCAUUGUGUUCGUGUGGAACGCCUACAUGGAGCCUUUCGUCUUCGAGAACGAACGUAUCAGCGGCCUCUACUUUCUCGAGCAAUGCCUCGUGCUGAUCGAGCCCGACAGAGACGGUGGGGAAAGCUCCUCGUGCAUGUCGACGUGCUACGUCAUCACGCCUUACGUUUUGGACCCAAAGUUGCGAGACGACCCCAAGACUGGCGCGUUGAUCGAUUUCUUCGUGGGCUCGCUCUUCUCAACCAUCAAGGGGAGGUGCGAGAUGGUGGAAGACAUGCUCUUCGAUCAAGCUCUCGAG